AUGGCGACCACAGCUGGUGGCUCUAGCUGGGCCAGGGAAAAGGCUCUCCCCAUACCUGAUCGAAACAUGAUCAUCAUCAUGGAGCCAUUUGACAGUCCAAGGGAGGCAAAGGCUUUGCCGAAAUUCACCAAAAUCUUCACUUCGAUCUCCACAACUUUUCAAUCCAUCUCAUCAACAAGAUGUCGCUCAAUGUUCAGCAUACUCAUUGCCACUCUCCCAAGCUUCCUGGCCAAUCUGAUCAAAAACCCGACUCCUUCGGAUAAGAAGCGGCGGGAGACCCAAAAGAUUCUUGCCCUCGAUGGCCUCAGAGGAGUAGCUUGUCUGUUUGUCUUUCACGCGCACUAUUCCUAUUCAUUCAGCAAUUGCCUGGAAGAAGCGCCCACUGAGCAGUUACGAGACCGAAUCAUGUAUCAACCUUAUAUGUCUCUCCUUUGGUCUGGGGUUGCCAUGGUAGAUGUCUUCUUCUUCAUUUCCGGCUACGUGCUAGCUUCGAGGCCUCUGAGGUUGAUUCGCUCACAGCAAGUCUCAAAGGCGCUCUCAGCCAUCUCAUCUGCAGUCUUUCGACGAGCACUGCGCCUUUACCUUCCAUCUAUGGCUCUGAUCGUGCUUGUCGCACUCAUGACCCACUUACGAUUUUUUGAGGCCGGCAACAAUUUCUACUGGCAAGCACAUAUUGGCAAGGUUGGACCUCAGGAGCCGCCUCCGCCCUAUUUCACUUCGUUUUGGGACCAAAUUUGGGACGCACUAAUGGAUUGCUAUCGCAUGUUCGACAACACGAUCCCUUGGGGCGCGUUCAACGUGCCUUAUACCGAUACUGGUGCCGCCCGCCCACAGGCUACUAUUUAUGAUCCUCAUCUCUGGACAAUCCCGGUGGAGUUCAAAUGCAGCAUGUUGAUCUUCAUGAUGCUGACUUUGACCGCACCGCUCCGGACGUCCUGGCGGAUGACCAUUAACGGAGGCCUGGGGCUAAAUUGUUUGUUUACGGAACGCUUUGCGGAACUACUCUUCAUUGCGGGAAUGUUCUUUGCAGAGAUCGACAUGAUUCGUGCAGAGAGGCAUGGGCAGCAAGUAGAACUGGACCCGUCGUUCCACCAAAGACACAACUACAACCUCCCACCCGCCAGACUGCAGAAUCUCCCAUUCCUGCAACCAAUUAUGUCACGGAGGAACUUCAUGUCCAACCUGCUUGGCCUAGCCAUGUUCAUUCUCGGCUUAUUCUUCUUGUCGACACCGUCUCAAAGCGCAGACGUGUACCCACAGUUCCAGACAGUCUUGUCAUGGGUGCCCACCUACAUCCAGGAAAAAGAUGAUUUUGUCCGCGUCAUUGGUGCCAUCAUGACGACCUGGCCUGUGGCGACAUCAAACUGGCUCGCGCCGCUAUUCUCAAACUCGGUGGCGCAUUAUCUGGGACAGAUCUCGUUCGCCCUAUACUUGGUACACGGUGCAGUCAUCAAAUCUCUAUGGUAUUGGUUGCAGCCCAUUGUCAAUGAGUGGGUGGCGGGCAAGCCUGUUUGGGCGAUGCCUAGCGGCCCGUUUAUUCGCCUUUGGCUGAUUGGAUAUGUCAUUGUUCUUCCUACGGUAUUAUGGAGCGCAGACAUCUUCUGGCGAGUAAUUGACCAAAGAUGUGUUGCUCUUGCCCGAUGGGUAGAGAGCAAGGCAGUUUGA